AGAGAGAGAGAGAGAGAGAGAGAGAGAGAGAGAGGCACUUUGCUGCUUUUUUAUAUUGCACGCAUCCAUGGCAGAAAAUAGAAGGAAGGCAGAGAGAGGUACAAGAACAAGGGACAAGACAAGAGAAAAGAAGAGAAGAAAAGCAAUAUAACGCCACCACGCUCCACAACCACCCAACGCUAUUUAGCUUCUGCAGAGAAGAACACAACCAUACAAGAAGAUAGCACACUACUUGUUUGUAUUUAUGUCUAGAAGAGCACUUUGAUGUGGGUGAGGUGAAAUUGGUUGUUUGAGUUGCAUGCAUUUGGCAAAGAUUUUGUGGGUCAAAAAUUUUUGAUUAGAGGUCAGAAAAGUUAAUAAUUUCACUGUUCCCCAUUUGAAAUUUCCCAGGUCGUAUGGCUUUUUUUCCAGGAUAGACUGGUUUCUUCUGUUUUCUCUGUUUUUUCCUGUGAAAGCUUUUGGGUUUUUUUUUGGGGAGGGGGUUUUCAAAACUGGAGAGAGACUUGGGUUCUUCUGGGUUCUUUUAGAUGAAGGGGAUGCCCUUACCCUUUGAUUUAGAAGGGAAGGGGGUGAUAGAGGUGGUUGCACAUAGUGCUACAUCAACCUCAAACCCAUUGAUACAUAAGUGGAACAGCAAGAAGAAAGAAGGUUGCUUUGUGGGUAGUACUGAGCCUACCUCUGUCCUCGAUUCCAUCAGCAGCCCAAGCCCUCCUACUUCUACUUCAACCCUGUCUUCUUCUUCGCGUGGUGGAGGCGGCGGAGGUACAGGUGGUUCUGGGUCUACCGACGCGACCGGCUUGGCGGCGGUUUCGGGAAGCGCAUCUUCAAAAUGGCCCCAAACCCAACAAGACACAACUAGUAGUUCGAAUGUGGGUUUUCAAUCUGGCUACGGUGAAACUCUGGAGCUCCAACCCGUUCUACCAUCUCUUGAGAUCGGCGGCGGCGGAGACACCACCAAUGGGGCUGAGAAAUGUUGUCUGGGAAUGGAAGAUUUUGAGGGUGUGUUAUCAGAUUCUGUUGCGGCAUCACCAAGCCAAGAACAAUCUCUUUUCCGUUGGAUCAUGGGGGAUGUGGAGGACCCAUCAAUGGCCUUGAACAGGGUGUUGCAAAUAAGUGGUCCGGUGGACUUUGAAUUCAAUGGUGGCUUUGGGGUUUCAGAUCAAGGAUUUGAGGUGGACCCAGUCAGCCAAUUUGCUUCCUGUGGUGGUAAUUUGAUGGGUACUAUCAACCCGUCUUUGCCCUCCGGUUUGGCCAACAAGUUCAACAAUGAAAAGACUGGUUUGAUCCAAAACCCAUCUUCAACUCUUCCUAGUUACAAGCUUCCUAACCCUCAAAACCCUCGGUUAUCUCCAUUACACAGUCCUUCACCCAUUUCAUUAUCUCCACAGCAACAAACACCAUUUGAAUAUUCUGAUUUGAAGCCGCGGAUUUUCAACCAGCAAAUGCUGAUUAACCAGCACCAAACUCAGCAUACUCAAAACUCGUCUUUUUUCUUCCCAUUGCCACACACCCAGCUAGAGCAACACCUUCCUAUGCCACCAAAUCCAAAAAGACACAACUCCGGCAACCUUGAACCCAUCUCUCCGAUUCCAAAUGUCCCUUUUUUCGAUUCCGGGCAAGAGCUUCAGGGGCUUCCUCACCAGCUUCCAUUGCUUCCUCAUUAUGUGCAUCAAAAGCAAGCACUAGAAACGAAGCCAAAAAUGGCUAUCGAUGGAAUGGGGCACUGCCAUGAACAACAACAGGCGAUAAUUGAUCAGAUAUACAAGGCCGCAGAGAUGGUCCAGACGAGGAAUCCCAUACUCGCGCAAGGGAUAUUGGCGCGGCUCAAUCACCGGCUCUCUCCAAUUGGUAAGCCUUUCCAUAGGGCUGCUUUUUAUUGCAAGGAAGCUCUGCAAUUGCUCCUCCAUACAAACAAUAACAUGCCUGAUUGUUCUCCAUUUAGUCUUGUUUACAAGAUUGGUGCGCAUAAAUCUUUCUCUGAAAUAUCACCCCUCGUUCAAUUUGCUAACUUUACCUGCAAUCAAGCCCUGCUUGAAGUAUUAGAGGGGUUUGAUCGAAUUCAUAUUAUCGAUUUCGAUAUUGGGUAUGGUGGGCAAUGGGCUUCGCUUAUGCAGGAACUUGCAUUAAGAAGUGGUGGCGCUCCUUCGCUCAAAAUCACUGCCUUUGCAUCUCCAUCAAUCCAUGAUCAGCUUGAGCUUGGUCUCACCCGGGAAAACUUAAUCCAUUUUGCUGAUGAAAUCAACAUGGCAUUUGAGUUUGAUAUUGCAAACAUUGGUUCUUUGAACUCUGCUUCAUGGUCAAUGCCUCUUCAUGUGUCUGAGAAUGAGGCAAUUGCUGUUAAUCUCUCAGUUGGUUCUAUUUCCAAUUACCAAGUGCCCCUCCCUUUGGUUCUUCGCAUUGUUAAGCAGCUCUCUCCCAAAAUUGUGGUCUCUGUGGACAGAGACUGUGACCGCACUGACCUCCCAUUUCCUAACCAUGUAAUUCACGCCCUUCAUUCGUACACAAACUUACUCGAGUCACUUGAUGCUGUAAAUGUGAACUUAGACACCCUGCAAAAAAUUGAGAGGUUCUUGCUCCAACCAGGCAUUGAAAAAAUUGUAAUGGGCCGUUAUCAUUGCCCUGAGAAGACUCAACAUUGGAAGACUCUGUUUUUGUCAUGUGGUUUCUCCCCUUUAACUUUCAGCAAUUUCACAGAAUCCCAAGCUGAGUGUGUGGUGAAGAGGACACCUGUGCGGGGAUUCCAUGUUGAGAAGAGACAGUCUUCGCUUGUUCUUUGCUGGCAGCGAAAGGAACUCAUCUCGGCUUCUGCUUGGAGGUGUUGAGGGGCGGCGGUUUGAAAUUGGAUUUCCUAAUUCAAGCUUAUCAUGAAGGUGCCUCAUAAGUCAUCACUCUCUGCUUUUAGUGUCUGAUCUUUUUGAAUUAUCUUACCUGUGAUUUCCUUUGUUAACUGGGUUGUGGCUCAGGCAUAUUGUUUCCAAGUGAAAAAAGACCCAGACAUCUUAGUAACUGGAUGUUCUAUUUUAGUUAUUUUCUUUCAGUGUCUUAUGUCGAAUAUGGAAUUAGUGUUACGGUGGUUUCCUGCUGGUUGUUGCAAGAAGCAUCCAUUGAUAUAAGGUGGGGGUAAGGGUGCUGUUUGUUGUACACUUGAACAAGGCAAAACCAAAAAUGGAAAAAAGAAUUUUACCACUUUAAGUUGAUAUCUCCCUGUUCCAUGCAUCUGAUAUAUUUUCUCAAUUGCUUCUUGUUAUGAACUAUAAGC